UGUCACUUUAACCUGCCCUUUCGUUUUCUUCUUCGGCGGUGGUCGCCGCCCGUGUCUUCUUCUUCAGCGAUUCUUAGGCCAGCGGAGAUCAGAUAGACGCUUUUGUUUGGCGAAGUCAUGGGAAAAGCUUCCAAGGACAAACGGGAUAUUUAUUACCGGAAAGCGAAAGAGGAGGGGUGGCGUGCGCGGAGUGCUUUCAAGCUUCUCCAAAUCGAUGAGGAAUUCAACAUCUUCGAAGGAGUAAAACGUGUAGUUGAUCUCUGUGCAGCGCCAGGUAGUUGGAGUCAGGUCUUGAGUCGCAAAUUGUAUGUUCCAGCAAAGUUGUCAUCAGCUUCUAGGGAUGCUGAUCUUCCACUUAUUGUUGCAAUCGAUUUGCAGCCUAUGGCUCCUAUUGAGGGUGUUAUUCAAGUGCAGGGUGAUAUCACUAAUGCUCGAACUGCAGAAGUGGUAAUCCGACAUUUUGAUGGGUGCAAAGCCGAUUUAGUUGUCUGUGAUGGUGCUCCAGAUGUUACUGGCCUACAUGAUAUGGAUGAAUUUGUUCAGUCUCAACUUAUAUUGGCAGCUCUAACAAUUGUUACUCACGUGCUUCGAGUAGGUGGAAAAUUCAUUGCAAAAAUAUUCCGGGGUAAAGAUACAAGCCUUCUGUAUUGCCAACUGAAACUAUUUUUUUCCCAGGUUACAUUUGCAAAGCCCAAAAGUAGUCGUAACUCAAGCAUAGAGGCAUUUGCUGUUUGUGAGAAUUAUUCACCUCCUCAAGGUUUUAAUGAGAGAGAUUUAUAUCAUCUUCUGGAAAAAGUUGGUACUCCCUCUGGCGUUGAUAAUUUAGAUUGCCGAAGUGGGUGGUUAGAGGGACCAAACAAGGUUUACAUUCCAUUUUUAGCAUGUGGAGACCUCAAUGGCUAUGAUUCAGAUCGUUCUUACCCACUCCCAAGUUCUUCAGAGGGUGGCUUAUACAAGAGUUUGGAUCCCGUGCAGCCUCCCAUUGCUCCACCUUAUAAAACAGCACUAGAACUGAAGAAAGCUUCAAGUCACGGGAUUAUCGACAUUGAAAAGCUAUCUUUGAAUUCAGAUUUGUAAAACACUGAAUAAUUUAAGUAGAUUCGGUUAUAUCUAUUAUAGUUUCCUCAAUUUGAGAGAUUUCAAAUGAAUGCUACAAUCAUAUCUGCGAAUGAGGUCCGAAUGACAGCUAAGUUAUGACACUGAAAUGUACCAAUGCAAUGUGUGCAGGUCCAAAAUCAGUGUACACUGUAGUUCCAAUGCAACACAUGAGCUAUUGCAAUUAUUAUUCUGAUUUUUAAA